UUUUGAAAGGCACUGAAUAUGUUUCGCACUCUGCAGCAGGCUUUCUCGUCGCUGCUGGCGACGAAUGGCUGGCUCCAGAAGGAAGAUAAAAGCGCCACGGCGGAAAAGGUAGAUGCAAUGACUGUCGAAAUUGGUUAUCCGGAGUGGAUUAAGCACAACACUAAUCUCGACGCAGAGUAUGCCAAUCUAACUGCCGAGGAAGAUGAAUAUUUCAAGAACAGCCUCAGGUACCGCGAGUGGACCUCUCGGCGCGAGUUGGCACUCUUGCGUAAAAAUGUGGAGAACUCGCUGUGGUCUUUCGCUGGGCCUGCUGAUGUCAACGCGUACUACAGUUACACUAGAAACGGAGUCUUGCUCCCGGCUGGCAUCCUUCAACCGCCUCUCUACCAUAAGGACCUGCCUUGGUAUUCCAAUUACGGUGGCAUCGGUGUUGUUCUUGGACAUGAGAUAAUGCACGGUUUUAAUAACAUUGGGAGAAGGUACGACAAAGACGGCAACUACAGAACGUGGUGGACUCAACGGUCUUCCGAUAGUUUCAAGGAGGAAUCUCAGUGCAUCAUCGACCAGUACUCCGAUUUCGUCAUGCCUGAAAAUAACAGAAGCCUCAACGGGCAAAAGACACAAAGCGAAAACAUUGCCGAUAACGGAGGUCUGCGAGUAUCCUACGAGGCAUACACGGACAAAAUGCCCGAGGGGCCUCGUCUUCCCGGGAUCGAUUUCACCCAAGAGCAGAUGUUCUUUCUGUCAUUUUCCCAGAUUUAUUGCACUGUAUUCACGCCCAAAGGAGCAGAUGUUUACAUCGACACUAAUGUACACAGUCCUGGCAGAUACAGGGCCAUCGGUUCGCUGCAGAACAAUGAGGCGUUCAACGCCGCAUUCAGCUGCCCUGCCGGAAGCUACAUGAACCCAGACGUCAAAUGCAGGGUAUGGUAAAGAGCUAGAGCUCUUCGAAGAAGACAUGACCUCAAAAGUGUGUUCGAACUGAGUUAUUAUGAUUCUGCGUAUAGUCAGAUAAAGGUGUUAUUGCAGGGCAGUGGAACAUCACUAAAAAUUACCUGUUUAGCUUCACAAUUAAUUGAUGUCCUGCCGCAGCGAAUAUUUCAAUAGUUUCACAAGUCCUAUUCAGGGCGCCGUUUUCAAAUGUAUAUUUAGGGUGAAAUACAUUUAGAUUUGGUUUUAAUUUACUAAUUGGAACAAAAAGGAUGUUACAUUUCAACAAACCUUGUUUUCCAACG